AUUGGAAUAUUGUUGUGAAAAUAAAAUAAAUUUUUGUCAAUAGAGUUUUAAAAUACCUAUAUUCUGAAAUUUUAAAUUAAAUAACUUGACAUUAGCCAGUGUGUGAUAUAUUAUGAACAUCACAAAAGAUGACUCAAUCUACGUUUUUUUUCUUUCACUUGGUAUCUUAUUUGGUUACUUUUAUAGAAACAUAAAAGAUGCGAGUUUAAAAAAAACUUUGGGCACUAUUUUUGGUGUAUCAAUAAUUCUCGUGACAUCUCAACUGCACUCACUACAUGUCUUUUUAAGUUUCUUGAUCUGUUGUGGCAUCAUUAAAUAUAGUACAGAGAAAUGUCAUCUGAUUUGUUUUGGUUUCAUGAUGACUUAUCUUCUAUUCUUUCGCACAAUCUCUUGGUUUGGACUUCCGAACCCACCAGGUCACACAAAUAUGAUUCAAAUGAUUUUGACAAUGAAAAUAAUCGGAUUGGCAUUCGAAAAAAACUCAGCUCUGACGAAAGCACAUAAAAUUGAUAAGAACAUUGACAAUGAACUUGUUUUGACGGUUGUCGAAAAUGAGAUUCGUGAUAUUUCAGUUUUAAAUAUGUUUCACUACUGCUUCAACUAUAUUGGAUUGUUAACAGGUCCUUACUACACUUACAAAACAUUCUUCGAAUAUUUUCAUUAUCCAUUUGCUUUAAAUGCUGAUUGCUGGAAGAUAACUUCAGAGAAGCUCAAAUGGGUUCCUUUGUAUAUUGCUCUCUUCUUGGGAUGUUCUUACAUUUGGCCACUCGAUUAUGCGAUGUCAGAUGACUUCUAUCAGAACCGUUCAUGGCUUUAUCGGCUUUUCUAUAUUUGGCCAUCAUUCUUCAUCUUUCGCAUGAGAAUUUACAGUGGAAUUGUUUUAGCAGAAUGCAUCUGUACAAAUGCUGGUUUUGGAGCAUAUCCUAAAGAACUUGAAUCCAAAUGUGGCCAUGGACCAUCGAAACUCAUUUCAAGCGAAUUCUUAGAAAAUCCUAAAAGUUGCGAUUAUGAUUUUGAGACGAUUGAAAACAUUCACAUUGCUGGUGUUGAAAAGUGUUUGACAUUUCGUGAAGCAAUGAAGCAUUGGAAUCGUUGUGUGCAAUAUUGGCUCGCAAUUUAUAUCUACAAAAGAUUUCCAAGUAAAAAGUAUCGAAUUAUGGCAACAAUGGCUGUUAGUGCUUAUUGGCAUGGCGUUCAUGCCGGAUAUUAUUUUUGUAUCUUAGGUCCUAUCAUUUACCUUCCAUUAGAAGAUCUCUACACAAAAGUCUUUAAUGUCGAUAAUACUUCAACAUUUCGCUGUCAUGCAACAAAAGCAAUGUUUUGGCUUUUAAAAUUCUUUGCUUUUAGUUAUCUUGGCAUAGCUUUUCUUCUUAAAGAUGUGGACAAGAUUUGGUUUUAUUACAAGUCUGUUUAUCAUUUUGCUUACAUUUUUUGGCCCUCAUUUUAUUUAAUUUGUUUAAUAUUGUGGAAAUAUCAGAAACGUGACAUGAAAAAACUUACCAAAGAAACUGAAGUCAAUUUAAAAGAGAUGCAAGAAGUCUCUAAAAAAAUAAAUUAAUUUUAAUUCUUAUUAAUCAUCUAGAAAGAAAUACUCAAAGAUUGUAUUUGAAUAACGUUUGCCUCUGUCUCUUAGGCACAAAAAAUCAAAUUGAUAUUGAAAUAAAAACAUAUUUAUCUACAUGAUUAAAGAUUUUUAAUGUUCAAUGUUCAAUAAAAAUGUUAGUUAAACUUUAUUUUCCAUUCU